CAAGCUUACCCAACUCUCUCUUCAACUUGCAAUAACAUUAACUCUCUCAGGACAACGACAAGAGAUUGAGAAAGAUAGAAAAAUUAAACAGAGUAUUAACUCCGUUUUAUUCAUUAACCUAAAGAGUCGUAGAAACAGUAUACAGAGUGAGGGAGAGAGAGAAAUGGGGAGACAACCAUGCUGUGAUAAAGUAGGGUUGAAGAAAGGACCAUGGACUGCAGAAGAAGACAGGAAGCUCAUGAACUUCAUCCUCACCAAUGGACAAUGUUGUUGGAGAGCUGUUCCCAAGCUUGCUGGUCUACUUAGGUGUGGUAAGAGUUGCAGACUUCGUUGGACGAAUUAUCUCAGACCAGACCUUAAAAGAGGUCUUCUCUCUGAUUACGAAGAGAAGAUGGUCAUUGAUCUCCAUUCCCAACUCGGCAACAGGUGGUCAAAGAUAGCUUCUCAUUUGCCGGGAAGAACAGACAACGAAAUCAAGAACCAUUGGAACACUCAUAUCAAGAAGAAGUUAAGAAAAAUGGGGAUCGACCCUCUCACGCAUAAACCACUCUCUAUCGUCGAACAAGAGGACGAAGAACCCGUCAAGAAGCUGCAGAAAGUUCAAAUGCCUUUACAAGAACCAGCCGAGAAGAAUCUUGAGGAACCAACUAGUUAUCGUCUAACCAAAGAAAGCAACACGAAGAACACGUCACGACUUGAAGAGUCUUUAGAUGAUGAUCAAUUCAAUGCGAUGAAUCUUGAGUAUGGUGUCGAAGAUGUUCCUCUUAUUGAGCCAGAGUCUUUAGAGCUUAUCUGCAGCAACUCAACAAUGUCUUCAUCCACGUCCACGCCUUCGAAUUCUUCUAAUGAUUCGAGUUUCUAUAAGGAUUUGCAGUUUCCGGAUUUCGAGUGGUCCGAUUAUGGUAAUAGUAAUAAUAAUCAUUAUAAUGAUGGUGUGGACAACAUUAUAGAGAACAAUAUGAUGAGCCUGUGGGAUGUUGAUGACUUUAGCAGUUGGGAUUUGCUGCUUUCUUCCACUUUUGGGUUGGUUUGAAUUCAUUUUAAAGUAAAUGGUCUCUUUUGUAAAAAAAUGGAAACUAUGGGGGGGACAGAAAAACCUAAAUAUACCUUCUUUACUCUCUUUUUUUUGUGGGAAAUUUGAAAAACGCUGAGAGAAAUUUGGAAGAAAUAAAAAAAUAUAUAUAUUUAUUUUGUAGCGACCAAAAGAGUUGGAGAGAAUUGUCUCGUUGACUUUCUCUUUUUUGCUUUGUAUUUUGGGUUCCAUACUCCCACAGUCCCACGUAUUCAGGCUUACUAUCACUUGAAAAAUAUUAAUAAUACACUCUUUUUUAGUUUCAGCAA